UAGCGCUGCCAGUUUCUUUGACUGGAAUGGGGCUAGUAGAAACUAGCACUGAGCUUUGAAUUGAAUUUGAAGUUUUUGGAAAAGAUAGACGCAGCUUUUCGCAGAGUUCAAUAGAGAGUGGAGUGAAAUGAAACGCGAUGUCCGGAUACUGCUGUUGGGGGAACCCAAAGUGGGCAAGACCUCUCUCAUCAUGUCUCUGGUCGGAGAGGAGUUUCCUGAGCAGGUUCCUCUCCGGGCGGAGGAGAUCACCAUACCUGCUGACGUCACGCCUGAGAAAGUGCCCACACAUAUAGUCGACUACUCGGAAAGUGAACAGUCUGAUGAAGUGUUGAGGGAGGAAAUUGUAAAGGCCAAUGUCGUGUGUGUGGUUUAUGAUGUCACACAAGAGGAAACCAUUGACAUGAUCAGGACUAAAUGGAUUCCGCUGGUCAAUGGAGGCGCUGAGAAAGGAAGCAAGAUUCCCAUCAUCCUCGUGGGCAACAAGUCUGACUUGCGCUCCGGCAGCUCCAUGGAAACCAUCCUGCCAAUCAUGAACCAGUUUUCGGAGAUUGAGACCUGUGUAGAGUGCUCAGCUAAGAAUCUAAAGAAUAUUUCUGAGCUGUUCUAUUACGCCCAGAAGGCCGUUCUACACCCGACUGCUCCGCUCUACGACCCCGAAGACAAACAGCUGAAGCCGCAGUGUGUUCGAGCUCUGAGUCGAAUCUUCAGCAUCUCUGAUCAGGAUAAUGAUCACAUACUCAGUGACGCCGAGCUCAACUGCUUUCAGAAAUUGUGUUUCGGGAAUCCGCUGGCUCCUCAGGCUCUGGAGGACGUGAAAACAGUCGUGUGGAAGAACACCAGUGAAGGAGUCCAGGACAACGGACUCACACUCAACGGUUUCCUGUUCUUGAACACUCUCUUUAUCCAGAGGGGACGUCAUGAGACCACCUGGACCAUCCUGCGUAAAUUCGGCUACGAUGACACGCUUGAGUUGACGGAUGACUACCUCUACCCACCACUGCGAGUGUCGGUGGGCUGUACGACGGAGCUGAAUCAUCUGGGUCACCAGUUCCUCCAGAAGCUCUUUGAUAAGUAUGAUGAGGAUAAGGAUUCAGCCCUGUCUCCCGCAGAGCUGAAGAAUCUGUUUAGUGUUUUACCCUACAUGCCCUGGGGCUCAGCGGUGUACAGUAAUGUCCCCCUAACGGACGAGAGCUUCAUCUCCCAACACGGAUACUUCUGCCAGUGGAUGUUAUCUGCUUAUCUGGAUGUGCACCGGUGUUUGGAGCAUCUGGGAUACCUCGGGUAUCCGAUCCUAAUGGAGCGAGAGUCCCAGACCUCCGCUGUCACGGUAACAAGAGAAAAGGCAUUAGACCUGGACAAGAGACAGACACAGCGGACGGUUUUCCUCUGCAAAGUGAUCGGUCCGCGCGGAACGGGAAAGACAGACUUUCUUCGAGCUUUUCUGCAGCGAAGCACUGAGAGAAAUGACUGUGACCCUGGUCCCCCUUCAAUAUACACCAUCAACACCAUCUCAGUAGCCAAUCAGGAGAAGUACCUCAUCCUGGAGGAGGUGGACGUGGAAACAGAGUUUCUAAAAGCAGCAGAUGCAGCGUGUGAUGUGGCGUGUCUCAUGUAUGAUGUCAGCGACCCGGACUCGUUCAACUAUUGUGCUAGUAUAUAUAAGCAGCACUAUAUGGACAGCGGGAUCCCGUGUGUGGUGGUGGGCUCCAAAGCUGAUCUGAUAGAAGUCAAACAGCAUCAUGGGAUGAGCCCGUCUGAGUUUUGCUACAAACACCGGCUGCCUUCGCCCCUCCAUUUCUCCACGCUGCUCACACACACUCACACACACAUUUACAGCAAGCUCACCUGGGCCGCCAUGUACCCGCACCUGAACGGAUCAGACAUGAGCAGCACAUCUUUCUGGCUGCGUGUGACUCUGGGCGCCACGAUAGCGGCCAUGCUGGGCUUCGCUCUGUUCAGAGCCUUCAGCCGACACAAAUGAUGCUCGCGCGCCUUUCGUACACAACACAGAUAAACACACACUCCUUCAUUUCCUGCACUCUGUCUUGGCCUUACAGAGUCAUUGUGGCUUAUCAAGGGUGUGAAGCCCUGCUAGUUACAGUGACAACAACACAAUUAAGCAGUCGAUUGGUUUUCUUUUUCUUUUUUCUUCAGCUGGACUAAAGUAUUACACACAUGCUUUGCUUUCACUACGAAAACUUGCCGGCUUUACUGUAUGACCUGCAUCGGUCGACCC